AUGAGGUAAUAAGUUUCAGCUAUUUAAUGUGCCAGUUUAAUUGCUCUAUGCAAUUAACGGGUUAUUUGAAUCAAUUGGUCACCUUUAUUACGCAACCGAUAAUUUCCUCAGGUCAUGUCCGACAAACUAAAUGGCUCAGAGUAAAAUUCCUGGAUGAAAAUGACAUUUAAUUUGUCCUUACCGUAACCUUGACAGUUUUUUAAGUAAAACAAUGUAUUUUGAAAAUUUUAUGACUAUUCGAAGUGAUAUUAGAAACCAAGAUUGGCUGUUCCAUGACAAACUUAGGAGAGAAAUUCAAAAGAGAUCUAGUAAGUGUCACCUCAUGUCAUAUACUGAACGUCUAAUGUCAUUUCUAUUUCUUUAAAAAGCAGAAGAAGACAAAGCCAAGAUUCUUCUGCACGAUGCCCUGGAGCAAAUAAACAAGCUGAGGAUUGAGGUCAGAAAGGUCCAGAAUGAUCAGAAAAUGGAUCAGAGGUCCGUCGAAUAUCAACUUUAUUCGGAGGCUGUUUUCGAUUUACAAGUAAGUUUAAUGUCAUCAGGUAUCUAGAAUAAUAUGAGAAAAGCGAAAUUCUAUUAUUUUUAGGAUGGGAGUCAACUCCAACAAGUGAGUACUCCCCAAGCCCGCGCCUAUUUUAUCCAAAACGAUGGCUCUUUUGUAUUUCUUUUUCGUUCCAAUAUCGACGAUCAAUCCGGGUUCUGUUAUUGUGUGAAGAAGAGUAAGGAGAAUCAAUUUGACAUCAAAACUUUGAAAUACUAG